AGAAGAAAUAGAAAGUAGAAAAGAUAUUAAACAAGGAUUUGAAGACCAUAUUGAUAAUGAAAUAAACGAAAUAGCAAAUAGUUUAGAGUCUAGUUAUAGCAAAGAAAGAAGGGAAAAGGCAAAUUCAACACAUCAUUUUGCAAUUUGCCGAUCAUAUAAGUGUGCAUACCCGAAUAAAGAAGAAUCUGAAUUAAAGUUUGUUAAUAAAAAAACUACAUGCAAAAAUCAUUUACAUAACUGCGAAGUUUUUCAUAAUGAAGUUACUUCUGAGGAAUAUGAAAGAAUAUUAAAUUUAGGUAGUAAAUUUGUACAACCUUUAGAUUAUAAAGAUGAUGGAGAAAAUUCUUGUUCUUCAUCUCAAAGUCAAAUUUCUUUACUAUUAAAGAUUUCAAAAAAAACAAAAAUUAAAUAA